CUAGACAAAACCUUAGUUUCUUCUUUUUGGAAUAGGUUCGUGACAGAUUCUACUUGGUGCCUAAUUUGUAAAGUCUUCUUUGAAGACAAAUUUGCAUGAGAGUGGGAGACAUUUUCAGUCUUCCAAUUUGAGCUUAUUAAGGAAGUUGAUUGCAGCCAUGGUGACUAUCUUGAAGAAUUUUCAGAGUUGGCAAAUGGAUCAUCAUUAUUAAUCAAACUCAUUCAAGGAGAGGCGGAUUUCUAUAGGAGGAAAUAUGCUGAUUGGUGACAAUUUUGAAGUCUGAAGCAAGUUCGAGGUUCAGUGCCAUAACCCAAAUUUUAUUCAUAUCUCAUUACUAAAGCAUCAAAGGCUCAUUAAAAAGGCAGCGUUUUAUUUGAAAGACUGAGGCGAUUCACUCUUGGGUGAAUUGAAGGAGGAUUGGGGUGUAUUCAACCCAAUAUAUGCUGUCAACAAAAUCGAACCAGGUCUGCUAUCCUCCCCUUCGAUUUUGCACAUAUCUAUCUAAUUCGGCCCCCAAAUUCAACAUUAAGGGUGGCGCUACAUUGAUGCAACCUAGGUGAUCAUUUUUGUGACAAGCCGUGCUGAUAUCAGCUGUCUACAAUCGUGGCCUUAGAUCUGAGUACUGCAGCAGUAAGGACGGACUGUGUGAAGUUUCGAUUUGGUCUUAGGAGUGUCUUUUGACAUCAUUCCUUGCUUAUACAUAUAAGGCGAUUGGUUCAGACGCCAAUAUUUUUUCUCUGCGGUGUUAAGUAUUUGGCUACCCGUAUUGUACACAUCACAAACUGCACAGGCUGAGUGCUCAUUUAUUGAAAAAGAACAGUGGGAAGAAAAUUUUGAUCGAUUGAUCUGAAUAAAGUUGUACUGGAAGCAAUCUUCUGUGUUAUUCAAAUCACAUACAUGGCGACGCCUGUUGGAAAGAUUAAUCCCUGUACACUCUUGCCCUUCUGGGUAUCUUUCAAGAAUGCCUAUGUAUAGUAUAUUCUGAAAAGGUAAGUGGUGUGGAAUGUGCUUCUGCAGAGCUGGAUGUGUUAAGCUUGGAGAAAAAAAUGGACCUGAAAUCGGAGCAUGUUCCAAAAGUUGCCACAGUGGGGCCUACAGAACCUGCUACUUAUCAAAAAGCAUACAAGUUAGCAAAUUAUAAAAGAUGGAUCCGUUCAAAUCCAUUUCUACGAUUUGGUUUGCCACUAAUUUCCCUUACAGCACUGGGUGCCCUUGGUCUUGGUCAUCUUCAGCAAGGGAGAAAGGAAAUGCAGAAGGAAAAGGAAGAUCGUGAGUGGGAGGCUAUUGAAAUAACAAAAGCACUUUCUAGAGAAGGGCCUCUUGGCAAUUCUGUGAUCUCCAAACCUAAACAAAUAAAUUUAGAAGAUGAACUGAAGGCUUUGCAACAAAAAGUCAAUAUCAACGAUUUUGAAUAUAAAAAGAUUCCCAGACCGAAGAACACAGGGUGAUUAAAAGGCUGCCAAUGAUCAAUAUGAUGUCAGCGUGUUGUUAGGUUGCCAGUUAUAAUUAGAUGAAUAUGGAAAGUUCAGAAUUUCAGCUCUUGAGAAUUAUCUUUGUACAUGUUGCAUGCAUUAUUUUUUUGAGAUUGCGCCUUUUAUGCCUUCCUUCAUUGGCAUAAAAUAUAAGAUUAAUGUAAAAUGGCUUUGUUCUUCUUUUUUGCAUCAGUAAACACAUGCAAUUGAUAGCAUCAAACAUGUUGUAUUACCCUUCAACUCAAAUAUCUAAAGCUCAUUUUGCUUUAUCCAAUACAUUGGGAAAAACUAGAGAUUUUUGUUUUA